CCCGUCCGCAAGAAACGCAACUUCAAGGCGCUCCAGCUCGACGUUGCCCAGCCACCCCCACCCCCUCAGCCAGAGCCCACGCGCCUUGCACCCGUACCUGCUGGCGGUGGCAAGAAACGGCCACCGCCUAUGCAGCUGAAGGCGCCAAAGAUCUCGACGAAUGCGACUGCCGCUGAUCCUGACACCAGUAACCUCUUGACCGUGAACGGCCCAAAUUCCGCGCCACCUACGGGGUCCGCGUCUGCGCAUCGCAUGACUUACCACACCACCCUGUCAACUACCCUCGCCAACCUUGAUCUUAAUUCCGAGAACAAGUACCACGACCUGCGCAAUGAGGACCUCAAGGACCUCCAGGAGCUGGGACAGGGCAACGGAGGCAGUGUGAAGAAGGUCGAGCAUCUGCCUACGGGCACCAUCAUGGCGAAGAAGAUUGUGUUGAUCGACGCAAAGCCCUCCGUGAGGAAGCAGAUCCUCCGGGAGUUGCAGAUCAUGCACGACUGCCAUUGCGACUACAUCAUCUCGUUCUAUGGCGCGUUCAUUUCCGACCCUAACAUCUGCAUAUGCAUGGAGCACAUGGACAAGGGGUCGCUCGACGGCAUCUACAAGAAGAUCGGACCCAUUGAUAUCGAUGUCGUCGGGAAGGUAGCGCUCGCCGUGCUAGAAGGUCUGACGUAUCUCUACGACGUGCACCGCAUCAUUCACCGUGACAUCAAGCCGUCGAAUAUCCUCUGCAACUCCAAGGGACAGAUCAAGAUCUGUGACUUCGGUGUUUCCGGCGAGCUCAUCAACUCCAUUGCGGACACUUUCGUGGGUACGUCAACAUACAUGAGCCCGGAACGUAUACAAGGCGCGCAGUACACGGUCAAGUCCGACGUCUGGUCGCUCGGCAUCUCCUUGAUCGAGCUUGCGCUCGGGCGGUUCCCGUUCGCAGACUCUGAAUCUGACGACUCCGACCUGUCCGAGUUCGAGGGAACGCUCUCUCCGAGUCGACCAAACCCCCUUGCGCUGCCGCCGAGGACCAAGGAGCAACGAGACAAGAGGAAGAAGCGAAAGAGCAAGGGUGUCAGUCUUCAGGGCGGCGGUAUGACGAUGAGCAUCCUCGAGCUGCUGCAGCAUAUCGUCAACGAGCCCGCGCCAAGGCUCACGCCGGAAGGCCGCUUCCCGAGAGAGGCGGACGACUUCGUGGACAGCUGCUUGUAUAAGGAUCCCGACCAGAGAAAGACCCCCAAGGAACUACUCAAACACACGUGGAUCGAGAAUGCGAGGACGACUAAGUUCGACCUCGAGGCCUGGGCCUCGACGUUCUAGUCGAUAUAUGCGCACUCGCUUUCCCCCUGCUACCGACAGUGUAGCCUGCCCUGUUGUACAGAUGUUGUAUCCCAACCCCCUCGCAGUCCCUACAAGUGUACAUGUAUACCCUGUGCUCCUCCGCUGACCACCCCAGCUCGGGGCGUCGCUAGUCGAGUGCCCUUGGUGCUCAGCACUUCGGAGCCAUCUCGUUCCGCUCUGUUCGCCCUCGUGCAGUUAUCGCUGGUGUAGUAUAGAAAGAACGCAAAGGACAUUGCGGUUGGAGCUUGGACGGGCCUGGCGCGCUGCGCGGGCUGGCUAUGCGUACAUACAUACAGAUUGUUUGUACCGGAAACUGGCUCUAUGGGCCGUAUAUCAUUACAUGCAUGGUUCGUGUGGACGGAAUAUUGUGUGCUCUACAGGUUGUGUGUCGUGUCUACCCACCGCGGGCAGUCGCCUUGACCUUGCGUUUCUUCUCGGCCUUCGGAAUUUUGUGUUUGCGCUUUUCGCGCGCCUCCUCCUUGGACGCCUUUUUGCGCUCCUUCUUCGCCUCCUUAUCCUCAUGCCGGUGGCCCCUCGGCUUCCGAUCCUUCUUCGCCUCAUCCUCAUCCUCCGAAUCUUCCUCGCUCGCUCGCUCGGCCCCCUCGCCCUCCUCAUCCGAAGACUCAGGGUCCUCCUUCCCAUCUGCAAAACUCACGGCCUUCUUCGGCUGCGCGGCCUUCCCUGUCGGCGCCCCGCUCGCGGCACCGUCGACGUGAUCCCCCGCGCCCUUCUCAGCUGGAGCGACGAUCCCGAUCGUGUCGCGGUAGAUCAGGUUCCCGCCGUCUCCCCGCGCGAGCACGUCCACGUCGCGCUCCGGGUCGUACACCUCGUUCAGCGUGCGCGGGAUGUAUGAGCGCAUGAACACCUCGUCUUCAUGCGCCGCGCCGCCGUUCCUCUCCCCAUCCGGGUGCGGUUCCUGGGCGUCGGGCUCCGGGGCCGCCAUCCACGCGCGCAGGGUCUCUUCCGCUGAGGCGCCGUCGUCGGAGAGACGGUCGCGUGUGACGAAUUCGAAGGUGCGCCGGAGGCCGAUGGUGGGCGCGCCGCGCUUGGAGAAGAAGUCCUCGACGUUGUGCAAGUCGGCGCGCAGGAAGUCGAACGCGUGCGGGUGGUCGUGUUCAACAGACUGCGAGACGUCGAUGAUCCAGAGGUGCCCUCGUGGGGCCGGCUGCGCUUCUGUCUCCUCUAGUGCGGCGCCGGACGUCGAAGGUUCUACGGACGUGUGACCGUCUACAUCUGCCGGGGGCGCUUCGGUGUCGUCGAUGUGGUAGAGGAUGUUGUAUUCGGACAGAUCGGCGUGCACGAGCUUGCAGUCGAUGAACAUCUUCCGUGUCAUGAGCAGCAGCUCCACGUAGAGAUCUGGGAACGCGGAUUCGGGGAUGUCGGCGUCUUUGAGACGUGGGGAAGCCCAUCCAUCUUUGUCGCCCACGAAUGUCAUGACCAGCACGUUUUCGCGCACUUCGAUCGGCUCGGGACAACAUAUGCCCGCGGUCUUUAGUCGCUUGAGAUUCCGCAUCUCCUUCUCUGCCCAGACGCGGACCAUCUUGCGGGGGUUGUGUCGGCUGUAACCUCGGCGGAACCGAUAUUCGCCCGAGACAUAGCGGUCUCUGUCCUUGAAAACCAAGAUAGAUGUCUUGUAUAUCUUCAAAGCGAGAUGCUUGCGCUCUGGGGUCAACGCAUGAUACACAUUGGCCUCUUUUCCCGUGCUAACACAGCCGUUCACUUCGUCGAUGAGUCCGCGACCGAUCAUUUUGAACAAUAUGAUUCGGGUUCGCGGGUCGAGAACCUGCUCAUUUGUGGCACGAUCGCUCUUGUCCUUCAUGUUCGCAGUGGCAGAGGGCCCCUUCCGGUUCACUCCUACGCUGAGAUCAUACGGCGUGUCGAGGUUCCGUAGCCGUGAGGAGAAUUUAGAGAGCGCCUGUAGCUGGUUCUCUGUCUUGUCCUUCGUAUGCUCCUGCUGGGAUGCGGAUGGCGUAACCUUGGCAGCCUUAGCGGGACGAGGGCGGUUAACGGCGGGCAGAGCGGCAACCGUGGAUCGAGAAUUGAGAGCCGAAGCCACACCCUGCGCUGACCCCGUUCGGACCGCUACGUGUUGUCGUAGCCGGUUGUACUGCUUGGUAAAAUCUCGCUCCGCGAUCUCCCAGUCCUCGUCCUCCGCCCGAAGAGUCUGGAACGCCUCUGCCUCUAGAGUGUCCUGUUCCUCUUCGAAUUCGUCGGGUUCGCUCUCUUCGUCUGAGCUUUCUGAGGACCAUGCGAGGAGCGCUUCGUCGUCGAUGAAGUUGUGCCCCUGCCGCGGAUCAGCGGGCGGUGGAACAGAGCCGUCCUCCGGAGCGUCGUCGAACUGGCCCGCUUCUACGGCUUCUUGCGGAACGACCUCAGUGCUUGACGGCAUAUU